ACAGCUACAAGCAGCAGUGGUGUCACUCAUUACAACACAACUUUAGAAACUUGGCUCGCGCGCGCCCUGCAGGGGGUUGUUACCAUGCGGACCGGGGCUCUCAUGUAUUGAUUUGUGUCAGUGGCUGUGGAGCGGAGCGAGGACGGGAUUUGUGCAAACUCCUCUUCACGCUGCGAGGAGAUGACUGACGUGCUGAGGCUGCUGUCCCAGGCGGACAGGAAGGAUUUACCCACUCUCUCCCUGCUCUCUGAUAAUGAUAUUGACAGUAUUUGGGCUGAUGUAUCCACUUACAUUGAACGACAGAUGACAUUACAGAAGGGGGUCCAGCUGGCAGGAUUGGGGACGUUCACCUUCUCUCAGCAGAGGCUGGAUCUUGGGAACAGGUCCACCGUGAUCCAACGACCCAUCUUCAUCCUGGCAGGGAAACUGCUCCAGUCUCUGGGUUUAAAGCAGACCAGGCCAUUGGCUGCAGCGACACACCUGCCAGUGGUGCAGCUAAACUUUGCAGCCAUGUCCCAGGAGACUCCCUUCAGUCGAGACGUGGUGGAGGGCUGCGUGAGAGAAACUCUUCUGUUCCUCUUCAGAGCUUUGGCCUCUGAACGAAACGUGUUGGUCACGUUCCAGGGGAUUGGAGUUCUGUCCUUCACAAACAACAAGGUCCGGAUGAAGUUCAACAGAUAUUUUAUUAAUGCCAUGGAUGGAACUGGUAGGAUGCUGAUAGCUUUUAACAAAAGAACUGGCAGCAGUGUCUCUUUACUGUCUGGUGGCGUGUCCAGGCUGCAGAGGCCACAGACUGUCAACCCCAUCACCCUGCCAACCGUCUGCUCCCCUCAGCCCCCCCACAAAGACACAGACACAGAUGGAUGGUGCAUGUCACCAGCUCCAGACCAGAGGAAUGCAGGAGACGUCCCCCAACAGAGAGACUCUAAACCGCAUCCGACACUGCAACCUGCCAAGAUGAAAGCUAUCAAUCUUUUUGAGGAAGUGAAUCCAAAACCCCCAACGGAGGCCACCUCGGUCAAGCCUGUCACCUUCAUCUCCCCACCAGAGGGCGCUCCCACCAAACUGGAGGAACCUUGUGUGAGAGCUAGAUGCUCUGGCCACACUCGAGCUGGACAGGAGCUGUGCUAUCUGUGCAUGCAGCGGGCCCGGAGAAAUGUCCCGGUGUACCUGAGGGAGCAGCAACAGGCCGAGGAGAAAGCUCGGGACAAACUCCUCCUACUGAAAGAACAACAGAGGGACAAGCAGCGCAUGGAGGAAGAACAGGAAAAGCUGUGUGAGCAUCGUGAGCAUGCAAAGCAGGUCGCUACAUAUAACCUGCACAUGUCAGAGAAGAAAGAGAAGACGGGUCCUCUGUACCCUACUUCCUUCAUCUUCCCGGCUCGGCCGCUCACUCCCGUCAAACGGAUUCAGCAGCACCGUUACAUGAAAGAUCUCCAGAGCCAGGUCGAGACCCGGCAGGAGCGCGAGGCUCAGGACCAGCAGAGCCGACUUAUACUGGAGCACCUAGACCAGGUCCAGCUGGUGCAGGAGAUAGCUGUGCGGAAGGCUCAGCAGCUCCAGCAGAAACACGAGAAGACGAAGCAUUACAAGAGAGCUCUGGACACUCAGGUGGAGGAUAAGAAGCCCACAGAGCCUCCAGAGUGCCAGACUGACAACUCCGGCUUCAACCGCUGUGAGACGGCAGCCAGGCACACAGAGAGCCGAGACAGGGCGCAGAAGCUCUUUCAGGUAAAUUUCAGUACAGCCACUCAGAGGAAAAAAGAAGAACUGCACAGCCGCCAGGCCCAGCUGGAGAAAGAAAGACAAAUGCUCAAAAGCAGCAAAGCGGAGCUAAUCCUGGACCGCAUUAAUCGCUUUGAGAAGAGGCAGCACCUCAGCAAGUCACUAGAGGACGAGUGGAGUCGCAGCGUGAAACUCAAACACAGACGAGAGGAAGAGGAGAAGCGCUUCCUCAGGUCUGCUGGUCAGCUGCUGGUAGAUAAGCUGGCACAGUACCAGCGCUGCUGCCAGUGUAAGAGGAGGACCACUAACUUGGGAGAGACGAACAUCUGGAAGGACUCCUAUUACCUCUCUGGCUCACAGUACAUGAUCUGAUGAUGAACAUCUGAACCUCACAGCCUGAACAAGACCUCAACACUUGUUUAAUGUUAAAUGUGAGAUUUACUCUUUGGAGUUUGUGUUGGUGUUUUUUUGGGGCAUUUUUAAUCAUGAAAAUAGUUAUUUAGUUUGGUUCAGAUUUACAGUGUGUUAAUAUGAGACUAUUCUAUAUCCUGCUCACACUUGCAUCCAUGUGUUUACACCAUUCACUGUAUAUAAAGAUGGACGGAGAAAGAUGGAAGCCAAACUGUCUCAGUCAAUGGCUUGCUGCAUUAUUGGUAAUAAAUCCCAUCUCCUCCAUGUCUGUAGGUGGGACAUGACCAAACC